AUGUUGAAGUCCCUCCAGAUAUUUGGGUCCCUGGCGUUGCUACAGGCAGUUGCGUCGCAGCAGAUUUGGGACAUCUGGCAAACGACGUGGAAUAGGAACAUGUUGUUCACCUAUUUCCAGCCCACGCCAGACCCCAUCAACUUCGUCACCCCUGGUGCUAUCGGAAGCGCAGACAUCGUCAUUGAUGAUUCAUCAGUAUACCAAACCGUGUAUGGCUUCGGAGCAUCACUGACCGAUUCUUCUGCUGGGUUGUUGAACAACUUGAAGGCACAGAACCCUGGAAGUUAUUGGCAACUCAUGGAUUAUCUAUUUAAUGCUACGGAUGGUGCUAACUCAGCCGGGUUCUCCUAUAUCCGUGUCCCACUUGGGGCAUCAGACUUUUCUGCAAACACAUACAGCUAUGAUGAUGUCAGUGGAGACACUUCGCUGAACGACUUUAACAUCAACGCUGCGCCGUCUGGCGUUUUCACGGUUAUUCAAGACAUUCUAUCAAUCAAUGAUAUGGCCCGAUUCCACAUCACUCCUUGGUCGCCGCCCGGUUGGAUGAAGAGCGGGGGGACCAUGGACGGAGGCUCGCUUAAUACUCAAUAUAUCAACACAAUGGCAAACUACCUCUUGAAGAGCGUGCAGGGGUUCUCAAACAAGGGGAUUCCCAUUUACGCAAUCAGUAUUCAGAAUGAGCCGGAAAAUAGCGACUCCACAUAUCCGUCUUGCAGUCUGCCGGUGGCAAAUGAGGCACAGAUCGGCCUGGCUCUGCGUACACUGUUGAACAAUAAUGGCUUUUCGGGCGUCAAGAUUAUUGGUUACGAUCACAAUUGGGCGGAUGCUGCCAACUACCCUGUUCAACUGAUGCAACAAGCAGAAAGUGCCUUUGACGGGGUGUCCUUCCAUUGUUAUGAGGGUUCUGUCAGUGACCAGGCUUCAUUCACGUCUCAGUACCCAAAUAAGGAAGUAUACUUCACGGAGUGCUCAGGAGUCCUUGGUUCUGACUGGUGGAGUGACAUCAAGUGGUACAUGGACAAUCUCUUCAUCGGCAGCAUCUCAUACGGUUCCUCCUCUGGAUUGAUGUGGAAUCUCGCCCUCGAUGGAAACGGUCAACCAUUACUUCCGGGCACCGACAGCUGUGGCGGCGGAUGUCGUGGCGUAGUCCAAAUCAACAGCGAUGGAACUUGGAGCGUGAACCAAGAAUUUUACUCUAUGGGUCAAGCUUCUAAAGCCAUUCUCCCUCGCGACGUCGGCGGUCCAUGGGGUCAGCGAAUUGGCGUGAGCGUCGGUGGUUCGCUUGAUUGGGCCCUCGUAGUGGGCGCGUACAAGACGGGAAGAGUUUCGUCGAGCGACUGGAACAGGUACAGCAUCGUCGUACUUAACUGGGAUGACAGUGCGUCCACCAGUUGGAAUCCUCAGCCCGUGGAAGCCACUAUCGAGUUCAGGGGUAUGCAGGCUACAUACACAUUUCCCGUCGGUGUCACCACGCUUUGGUGGUACGCGCCCAACUAG